AUGAUUGUUUACUACAUGUUUAUUUCAGAUGGUGAGACCAGGAGUGAGAACAAGGAAUUAUUUUCAAAACAGGUAAUAUCUCCCAGAAUCCAGCCACAUGGAGAGGCAACUACCAAGUGCAACGGGGAUGUUAUCGUGGGUCUUGCGCAUGGAGAAACCCAAGACCUUCUGGGCAAAUUAGAGAGGCAGCAGGGAAAUCCCACACAAGAAAGACGACAUAAAUGUGAUGAAUGUGGGAAAAGCUUUGCUCAGAACUCAGGCCUUGUUCGCCACUGGAGAAUACACACUGGAGAGAAACCCUAUCAGUGUAAUGUGUGCAGUAAAGCCUUCAGUUACAGGUCAGCCCUCCUUUCCCAUCAGGAUAUCCACAAUAAAGUGAAGCGCUAUCACUGCAAGGAAUGUGGUAAGGCCUUCAGUCAGAACACAGGCUUGAUCCUGCACCAGAGAAUCCACACUGGGGAGAAGCCCUAUCAAUGUAAUCAGUGCGGGAAGGCCUUUAGUCAGAGUGCAGGCCUUAUUUUGCACCAGAGAAUUCACAGUGGGGAGAGACCAUAUGAAUGUAAUGAAUGUGGAAAAGCGUUCAGUCAUAGUUCACACCUCAUUGGACAUCAGAGAAUUCACACUGGGGAGAAACCGUAUGAGUGUGAUGAGUGUGGGAAAACCUUCAGACGGAGCUCACAUCUUAUUGGCCAUCAAAGAAGCCACACUGGGGAGAAACCCUACAAAUGCAAUGAGUGUGGGAGGGCCUUCAGUCAGAAGUCCGGCCUUAUUGAACAUCAGAGAAUACAUACUGGAGAAAGACCCUAUAAGUGUAAAGAAUGUGGGAAAGCUUUUAAUGGGAACACUGGUCUCAUUCAGCAUCUGAGAAUACAUACAGGGGAGAAGCCCUAUCAGUGCAACGAAUGUGGGAAAGCCUUUAUUCAGAGAUCCAGUCUCAUUCGGCAUCAGAGAAUCCACAGUGCAGAAAAGCCUGAAACCACAGGAGUUUAGGAGAAGCUUUGGUUGUAGUUUGAGCAUUAUUUGACAUUAGAGAAACCAUGUAUUAGUGGAAAAGGCUAAUGAAAAAGGGCAGAAUCUGUAGCUGUAACAAAGCUAAGAAUAGCACUUGGCUAGUUUGGGCCCAAUCCCUGAUAUGAGUUGAUUAGCUUGACUGCUCUUAGGGGCAUCUGAUGAAGCAGAGCCUUAGCAACUCAGUGUAUUCUUCGGAAUAACAGCAAAUUGCUUAUUGUGAGUUGAAACACUAUGUUUUGUCUUUCCUAUGAGUACCUCUAAGUUUGAGAGAGGCUACUCCUCCAAGCUUUUCUGUUUCUUCCUAUUUCCUGUGGUCUCUUUUUUGUCAACCCUCUGAAGGUGCCCUUGUAAAUCCUAAUCUAAGAAGAUGCUUGAGUUCAAGGCAACCUCAAUAAGAUGAAGAUUUGUGUUUGGCUUUUAAAUAUCCUAGUUAGAGAGAAAUUGUAAGACAUUUAAAUUAUUAUUCUAAUACUCCUAGAUGAUAGAUAUCCAUAUUCCUCCACAAACUCAAUGCUAUAUUUUUUACAGCACUGUAGCAUUUUUCUUCAUUUAGAACCUUUACUGAGUCCAUUGAGUCCCUGAGCAUCUGUAUAUAUCCUUCACCACCCCCAGUCUCAGUACCUGUGUCAACAAAAGAAGUGGACGCAUUAGUAAUGAUGGUGGGCGUGAUGGAAAGAAAGAGGUGAGUGGAGACUCAGCCUGGCUAUUCUUGAGCAUGGACAGUUGUUUCUCAAGUUGUCUUCUGACUCUCCUUCUGCCUCUCCACUCUACACUGUGGUUUGAAAAAUAUUUGCACUAGCAAAGCUUUGGCACCACAUGAAAGACAGAGGUGCUUGAAAAAGACAUUAAAAAUCCUUACAAAGAAUGUACAUCAUCCCUCUUGGCCAUUACAGUUCUCAGGUUCCUAUCAGUCUAUAUAAACUCACUGACUACAUGGUCAGCCUGGACCGACCUCCUCAGAUGGCCACAGCAGAUCCAUCAUUAUCUUCCAUCUGUUUCCUUCCAUUUGCAUAUCUCCAGUAUCCACCAUGGUAAUCUGUCAAAUACCUCACUCUGACUCCUCAUCCUUGUACAUUCUGGUACACUCCAUCAGUCAUCUAACAGCAAAGAUACACUAUUACACUCAUUGUCAUCAGGCAUUGUAUUUCACCUCUGAGGCUUUUAGCAUAACAUAGAAUAUAGUAUGUGUAAAGUAAUGAGACUGGUUUUAAAGGAACACAUCAGAUCUUGUGCAUCUAAAAUGUAGUGUCUUUUCAACUGAGUAAUUAUACUUACUACUUAAUAAAUACUUGUUAAAAUGCAUAGUCUAAAGUACUAUGAUUCUAGUAGUGCUACUAGUCCUCCAAAUACUGGGAACAAUCUUAGAAUUCUCAUGUAAUGAGGAGCAAGAAAACCAUCUGUUACUGUCAAUUAUAUUUCAUGUUUGACCAUUUGACUAGACAGUGGGCUUGGAGUUGAACAACUUUUGCUUUGCAACAUUAAUCCUCACACUUAAAAUUAUUCCAUUAAUCUUACUCAAAAGGAGUUUCUGAUGAAAUCUCUGAAAAAGAAAUAAUUUUACACCAUGACUGUCUUGAAAAGGAUCAUCUUAGUUUCUUUGGUUAACUUUCUCAGAACAGAUGUCUCCGUUAUUUGUUAUUUUCUCAUCCUCUAGUCUGUUUGUUUCAUUCCUGUUUCAUACAGAUCACCAUUCCUAACUCCUCACUAGCACUCCUCACCACUGAGCCAUCUCUCCAGCCCCAAUUACUUUUUUUAAGACAAGGUUGCAAAUGUUUAAGAAACCAGAAGCAGGUAAAUCUGCCUAUGUCAAGAUCCUUGCUUCCUGCUUGAGUUGUGCCUUACCCUCUAUAAGUCAGGGUUUCUGCAUAGGUCAGUUCUAUGUUACGUAGGAUAAGUACAUUUUCAGGGCAGCUAGAUGUCUGCAUGUGUACAUAUAUGCAUGCCCACCCCUUUCAUGUACUUUUGUGAAGUACCUACCUUGAUUUCUAAUAAAAUUGCCCUUUUUGUAUUUGUACUCAGAGUAAUAUGUACCGGAUACUUCAGUCUCAGAAUUACUAAGCAUCUGGCGGAAGUCCAGAGAAAAGCAAGUAUACUUGGGAAGAUUAAUGUUAUACUGUGGUGAAUGUAAAAAAGGGUGGUCAUUUAAAAACUAGUUAUUGGCACCAUUAUAGUGAGGCACACCUUUAAUUAUAGCAGUCAGAAAGCAGAGGCAGAUGAGCCACCCUGGACUGCAUAGCAAGCCAGCCUUGAAUGUGGUGAGACCAGUCUCGAAAGAAAGAAAGAAA